AUGUACCAUGAGGACCACUUCGACUCCACCGACUACAACUACAUGUACGGCAUGGAGAAAGUCAACUUCCACCUCCAGAAGUACAUCUUUGCGGAUAACACUGCUUGGGAGUUCCUUCCGGAGAACGACGAGGUACUUGGUCCUAUCUUGGUCCGAAUUGCUGAACAGACCCUUUGCAAGCUCUGGGACCGCGAUGCCUUCGAGGAGACUGUUCAGAACGCUAGUGGUUUUGGCGCUGCCUUGCUUCAGAAACUCGUCAAGUUUAGCGCGAUUGACCGGAAAAACAGCCAUGGAGUUCAUUCGUAA